AUGAAUGCUAGCGGGACGCAAGACAGUUCAAUUUAUGGAACAAUUCGUAAAGAAAUUCAAGGUUUAGAUAUUGGUGUUCUCAUUAAUAAUGUUGGAAUGUCUUAUGAAUAUCCUGAAACAUUUGAUAAAGUUGAAAAUAAUGAAAAAUUUCUAACUGAUAUGAUUCGAUGUAAUGUUGAUUCAGUUGCUAAUUUAACUCAAAUGGUUUUACCAGAUAUGAUCAAAAAACAUAAAGGUCUUAUUAUUAAUGUUUCAAGUGUAUCUGGCCGUCGACCAACACCUUUAUUAAGUCUUUAUUCUGGUACAAAAGGAUUUAUUGAUCUUUUUUCACGAUCAUUAGCUGCUGAAUGUGUAACACGCGGUGUUUAUGUUCAAUCUUUAUGUCCUGGUUAUGUUGUUAGUAAAUUAUCUGGUAUCCAUAAAGCAUCAUUAAUUGCUCCAACACCAGAACAAUUUGUUCUUAGUUCUCUUAAUCGUGUUACAGUUCCAUUUACAACAGGUUAUUGGACACAUGAAAUUCAAGAAUUUAUUAUUGCACUUUUACCAGAAUUUAUUUCAAAUAAACUUAUUAUGCAUGUUUUAGGUGGUAUUCGAGCUAAAGCUUUAAAGAAAAAGAACCGAGCACAAUAA